GCAGUUAACGUGAAAUGGGGAAAAGAGAAAUUCGAUGGCGUGGAGCUUAACACUGACGAACCUCCAAUGGUCUUCAAAGCCCAGUUGUUUGCACUGACAGGAGUUCAGCCAGCUAGACAGAAGGUUAUGGUUAAAGGAGGAACUCUGAAGGAUGAUGACUGGGGGAACCUAAAAAUAAAGAAUGGGAUGACCUUAUUAAUGAUGGGCUCUGCAGAUGCACUUCCAGAGGAGCCAAUUGCUCGACCCGUCUUUGUAGAAGACAUGACAGAGGAGCAGUUGGCUUCAGCUAUGGAAUUACCGUGUGGAUUGACAAACCUUGGCAACACUUGCUACAUGAAUGCUACGGUUCAGUGUAUCCGCUCAGUGCCAGAAGUGAAAGAGGCCCUUAAAAGGUAUGGUGGUGCCUUAAGAGCUUCUGGAGAAAUGGCCUCUGCUCAAUACAUUACUGCAGCUCUUAGAGACUUGUUUGAUUCCAUGGAUAAAACUUCCUCCAGUAUCCCACCUAUCAUUCUCCUGCAGUUCUUACACAUGGCCUUCCCACAGUUUGCAGAGAAAGGCGAUCAAGGCCAGUACCUUCAACAGGAUGCCAAUGAGUGCUGGGUGCAGAUGAUGAGGGUACUACAGCAGAAGCUGGAAGGCAUAGAAGGUGAUACAGUUAUGGAGACAGACUCUGGAGCUACAGCAGCAACUUCUAAAAAGAAGAGUUUAAUUGAUCAGUUCUUCAGCAUUGAAUUUGAAACAGCCAUGAAAUGUACAGAAGCUGAAGAAGAGGAAGUAACUAAAGGAAAGGAGAAUCUGCUUCAGCUUAGCUGCUUUAUCAAUCAAGAAGUGAAAUACUUGUUUACAGGACUAAAAUUGCGUCUUCAAGAGGAAAUCACCAAACUCUCUCCAACACUGCAGAGAAAUGCACUCUAUAUCAAAUCUUCUAAAAUUAGUCGCUUGCCAGCGUACCUGACUAUUCAGAUGGUUAGGUUUUUUUACAAAGAGAAAGAAUCUGUGAAUGCCAAAGUUCUUAAGGAUGUUAAAUUUCCUCUUAUGUUGGAUGUGUAUGAGCUGUGUACGCCAGACCUUCAGGAAAAAAUGGUUUCUUAUCGUUCAAAAUUCAAAGAUCUAGAAGACAAAAAAGUAAAUCAACAGCCAAAGAACUCUAGUAAAAGUGAUGGUGCACAGAAAGAAGUUAAAUAUGAACCGUUUUCUUUUCCUGAUGAUAUUGGUUCUAAUAAUUGUGGCUAUUACGACCUGCAGGCAGUGCUAACACAUCAAGGCAGAUCAAGUUCCUCUGGGCAUUACGUGUCUUGGGUUAAAAGGAAACAAGAUGAAUGGAUUAAAUUUGAUGAUGACAAAGUGAGCAUCGUUACACCUGAUGAUAUUUUGAGGUUAUCUGGGGGUGGAGACUGGCAUAUAGCUUAUGUUCUACUCUACGGGCCUCGCAGAAUUGAAGUAAUUGAAGAUGAAGCCAAACAGUAGUCUUCAGUUUUAGUCAUUCUGCC